AUGUCUGAAGGAGAUUUGUCAAAGAAAAGAAGAAUGGAAGAGUAUGAGACUGUAGCACUUAUAGAAGUGUGUAGCACUAUUUUACAGAGAAAGCUUCCCUCGAAACUGAGAGAUCCUGGCAGUUGUACUAUUCCUUGCACUAUUGGAAAUUUUGAGUGCAAGCAUGCCCUAUGUGAUUUGGGGGCAAGCAUUAAUUUGAUGUCGUUGUCUAUAUUUCCCAGACUUGGUUUAGGGGAGGCUAGUCCUACUACAGUCACAUUGCAGCUAGCAGAUUGCUCAGUUAAACAUCUUAGAGGUAUUAUAGAGGAUGUUCUUGUUAAAGUGGAAAAAAUCAAUUUUCUGAUAGAUUUCAUCGUCUUAGAUAUGGAGGAAGAUGAAAAUGUCCCAAUCAUUCUGGGAAGGCCAUUUUUAGCUACCGGGCAGGCUCUGAUUGAUGUAGUUGACAUGGUAGAGAAAGCAGUGGCAGGGAUUAACAUUACAGAGGAUCCCCUUCAGAGAAGUUUGACUACAGAGGAUGUAGAGGCUGAGUUAGACAAAGAGGUCCAAUGGAUGAAUUCGAAAGAGCCAAUAUACAACCGAAAAUAUGAAGAACUAGGUCAGGGACCUGAAAGACCAUUACCAUCAGUUGAGAAACCUCUGGAGUUGGAAUUGAACUCAUUGUCAGCACAUCUACAAUAUGCUUUUUUGGAUGAGAAGGAGACUUCACCAGUUAUUGUGUCUUCAUCUCUUUCUAAUGAGGAGAUGGAAAAACUAUUAAGGAUAUUCAAGGUAGUCAGAAAAGAAAUCUUGAAGUGGUUGGAUGCUGGGGUGAUCUAUCCCAUUUCAGAUAGCAGUUGCGUAAAUCCAGUUCAGGCAGUUCCUAAGAAAUGA